UUCGCUGAACCUCCCCCAAUUUCCCUCCUCUUCCAGAUCGAGACGAUGCGUUCUGCAGCGAGGUUUCUCCUCUCCUCCGACCCGACUGGGGCGGCGGAUCAGUCGUCCUCCGCCUUCCCUUUCCACUCCAACGUCAUCCUCACCUUCGCCGCCCUCCUCUGCGCCUUGAUCUGCGCCCUCGGCCUCGCCUUCGUCGCCCGUUGCGCCUGGCUCCGCCGCUCCUUGGCCGCCCACGCCGAUCGGCCCCUCCUCCCGGCCCUGCCCCUGAUCCCGAGAAAGGGGAUCAAGCAGAAAACCCUCCGCGCCCUCCCCACGCUCUCCUUCGCCGCCUCAUCCUCCUCCUCCACCGCAGCCCCGGCCCCCGCCGGCGUCGAGCUCGUCGACUGCGCGAUUUGCCUCGCCGAGUUCGCCUGCGGCGACCUGGUCCGCGUCCUGCCGCAGUGCGGGCACGGCUUCCACGCCGCGUGCGUCGACACCUGGCUGGGAUCCAACGCCUCUUGCCCUUCCUGCCGCCGGGUCGUGGUGGUCCCUGCGCCGCCACGGAGCUGCCGGAAGUGCGGCAGAGACUCCGGCGAAGCCCCGCCCGCGCCAGCGCCAGCGCCCGAGAGUGGCGGCGCCAGCACCUCUAAAAGUGCGCAUUAGAUGGGUGUUUGAUGGAAUUUCACACUCAAAAGUGUUUGUGAAUGAAUAGCCAAAAAUUGUUACCAAAGAUAUGUGUGUUUGUAUAUGUAGGAAGGAGGAUUACACAUCACUUGCAAGAUGCUCAGACAGAGAAUUUCUUGUAAUUAGGAACAAAAAAAUGGGCAUUCUCAAGCCUUUGCUUGCCCAGGGCUCUGCUUAGUUUUGAAGUUUCAGAUUUUGGAUACGAACCGUGUUAAGAGUAUUUUGAAAACAAAGUUUGGAUAUGCUGAAGUUUUUUGGCCGAAAGAGAGAGUUAUUUUAAAGAACACCUCUUCGGUCGCUUUUGUAGCCGUAAGAUGUGAUCUGAAUCGAGAUCAGUCGAUCAAUGAGUAUCGAUAGUGGGAUGCAUCUGAAGACUUGUUGGAGGGACAAGGUCUGAACAUUGGUGUUAGGAGGAGAAUGGGACAAGGAAGAGGUGGUUGGGGGAUUGUAGUGAUUAGAACUGUUAUUAAUUUACUUGCCUUUUAAAGUGAACAAAUUAUCUAAAUAUGGAAAGAUCAGUUGAGUGUGGCCAGACCAUGGAUAUUUAUAUCAAUUCAGAAUGUGUUUAAUUGGAUCAAAUCAAAUGAAAUUGGAAUUGACUUUUUUUA